UCGUCAACUAAAGUCGUACGAACAAAUUAUUUAACAAAAAUAGCUUAUAUUUUUUUUUGCCUUAACAAUGUAUAACAACGAAAAUUACUUGAAGAGUCUACGACCUUGUCGCCAUUGCUGUUGCUCGUGGUCACGAGCGAGUCCAAAGGAAUACGUCCUCGUUUCUGGUCUAUCAAGUUCCAAUUAUACUGGGCAGACCACUGAGUGCUCGCCACGUAGCACCUGCUCCUCCUCUGUGCGCACUAGAUCUAUUCAAAAGGGUCUGAAGUACAGAUAUGAAGGCUAUGAAGUGGAGGAAAGCUGGUGCUCCGAUCCUAGAUGUUCGAUUUGCAAGGAAUUCCCUGUUUCCGGCUCGCAGCGCACUCGAAAGUCGCAGCAAACGCGGAAUUCUUUGAACUCCCGAAAAAGGGAGCCUUCCCGCUACUCUGCGAUUCCGCAGCUCCCUCUGGAGUCUGGAGAAGAGAAUUAUGAUACCGGAGUCCAAUAUACACUCAGCCAGAGCGAGUCCAGUACAUCAUCAUCAUCAUCAUCAUCAACAUCAGUCAGCCGUUAUAGGGAGGAUGGCCCAAAGAGCUCAGAGAGGGUUAAAUCUUCCGGGAAAUGCAGCUGCGCGUGCUCCAAACCAGAACGCCAACCAAGAACCAUUAGUCUAAGGAGUGCCGAGGAAAUCAAAAAGGCGGUUCGAUCGCAGAUUGCAGUGCUGAAGAAGAUCGAGGAGUGUGAUUGUAGCUACUGUAAGCCAGCAAGUGAAAGAACCAUGCAGGAGUCUGCUGCGGAGUCGGAGAAACCGGAACCUCAGCAAAAUGGGCAUCAUGCCAAUGCCAAUGACGCUGCCAAUGAUUUGGUUAGAACCGAGAUAAUUGAUCCGAUGAUCAGGCGUUUGCAGCGCGUCUAUCUGAACAACAAGAUACACGAGCUGGGCAUCCUGGACAGUCUGUACGAUAUGAUGGCGCAAAUCAAAGAGGUUUACAGGAAACGAGGGAACUAAUGGGGAGUCCUUUUUUAGGCUUACACUUGAAUAUUGUAUAUUUGUAUAUUUUCUAUAAUUAAAAUUGGGGUAACCGGGGGCGGCAAAUG